UAAACUGCCGGCAGUUUUAUUUCAGCACAAUGCCGAAUCGCCCGAAGCGGAAGAGAGAUCGCUGCAAUUUAGUUCAGUAUAUCCUGGCAUUUUCCCUAUGCCUCAUUUUUCUGCCAAUUCCAGUCGACGGAAUGCGAUGCCGGAUUCCGUACGAAAGAGUCCGGGAAAACUACUGCUACUUUGUAACCAACGAAGAACCGCUGCACACAUCGUUCCACAACUUUUGCUACCAGGACAAGCGCACCUCGCGGGUCUGCCUGGAUAGUGACGAGGAGAUGCGGUUCCUGGCCCAGCACCUCUACGAGAUGGGCUUCCCGAAUGGGACCCAGUUCUGGAGUGCCGGCCACCGGUGGCCAGGGGACAACCGCUUCUACUGGAACUACUUCGGAAGAGCCCGCCCACUGGUCUACACGAACUGGGCGCCGGACGAGCCCACUCCCGAAAUGGGCCGCAAUUGCCUGAUCCUCACACUGCAAGGAGGCGAACUGUUGAUGAGCAGUGAAUCCUGCUAUAAGCAAGCUGUCGACAUCUGUGAACAGACGCUGAAUGGCACCGAUUCGCAUUCCAUUAUGCACUGAUCGCCAGAUAUUCCUCAACAUGUCUACAAAUGUACCUACAUACUAUAUCUCGAAUUUUUCUGUUUUUUUAUUUUCAAAAAGAGGUUCUAAAAUAAUAUAAAAAUAUAUAUUGUAAUUCGAAAGGGUAACCUUAAUACUUAAGCUGGUGGAUAUUGUGUUACUGAUAUCGCAGCUAGCCGCACUGACUGCGGUGGUGGCUUUCGACUUACUUUUCGAAAUGCAAUAAACUUUUCAUUAGAACACAACUUGACAAUUGUUAUCAAUAAGGGGUUGUUAACUCGUAACUGUGCACCAACGUUAGAGAUUGCAAUAAAAAAAAAUUGAUAACGUUACACAUACCCUUGCAGUCAUUCCGAAUAAUAAUAAUAAUAAAUAAAUAAAUGUAUAAACUCUCAUAAUGAUGCCAAUCAAAAAUAUAUAUAAUAUAUAUUACAGGUUCCGAAACGUCUCCUUUACUUAAAUUCUGACCAAAUUCUAAUACCCUCUGCAAGGGAAUUAAAAAAUAAAGUACUGUACAAAUAAUAUAUAAGUUUUUAUAUGUACAUAUCAACUGCGGUUGCAAUCACUUUUUGUAGCCGAUAAUUCAGAGUACUGGUCAUUGUAAACAUCAGUUUUGCGAGGCACUUUAGUAGGUUUUGCGUUGCCAUCUGAACAACAUUUUAAAAUGCGAAGAGAAUUAUUUUUCGCUCUUUUUGUGUGGGCUUAUGGUUGUCGAAGUGAGCCUUUGUUCGAUCGGAUCGGCAAUGGCUAUUACUAUAUCGGCAAUGAAAAGACUGCGGGUCAUUACUUUGACUGGUUCAUCGCGAGACAGGAUUGCUGGCGCAGAACGUCAACACUGGUGUCCUUGGAGACGAGGGAGGAGCUGAGGAGCCUGGAGCAAUAUAUCGUGUCGAGGGGCUUUCCCGAUGGCAGCACUUUCGCCACCUCGGGCCAUAGUUUCAACAGCGCGAUACCCUAUUCGUGGGAGGGAGUGGAUGAGCCGCUGACCUUCACCAAUUGGCUGCCUGGCACUCGACAAGAGGAGGUGAGAAGCUAUCUCAGUCUGGAACUGGCCAAUUCCUCGCUGUACAUGCGACCAGCUUUCGGCCACGACGACUACUAUAUCUGCGAAUACAAACUUUCCAUUGGGGUACUUUGGCUUUCCCUGGAACCCAAGACCAGAGGUAUCAUAGUCGUAGUUAUGUUUAUUUUAAGCUUCUGGAUAUUAUGGCUUAUCUACAAAUGGAAAGUGCCUAAUUUCUCAGGGCAACAAGCAGCGGAUAAGGUUAAACUCAUGUCGCUAAGUGUUUAACUCAAUGUGAAACAAAUCAAAUUGGAAAUCAAACAAUUAAAAAUUAUCUAAUUAAUACCAAAGUAGAACUACAACUGUUCAAUGAAAUUUUAAAAUUGAAAUUUUAGUUAAAUGUUUUUUCUAAAAUUAAAAGAUAUCACAUUUUGAUAUCAAAUAAGUACAACAAUUUGUGUGAUAUAAAUUAAUUUUUAUAAUAUAUAAAAACCAUUUUAAUGGUUAAAAUAAUAAAAAAAACAGAAAAGUAACUUAAUCCAGAAGGACGAAGUUUACACGCCCUUAUAAAAAAAUUUAAUUAAAUUAAAUUGGUGUUUAAAUAUAUUCCAUUGUAUUUUCCUAGCUAUGAAGUAUUUGUUAUGGAUCAAAUAAAAAGAAAGAUAAAAAAGAA